AUGAGCAUUUUUCUUCUAGCAGUUAAUGGAAACUCGUGGAGCUUUCAUGUAUCUAAGGAGGUCACUGGAGAGAUUGGCAAGACAGCGGCUUUGCCUUGUGUGUUCACUCAUCCCCACAAGACCCACGAUGGUGCCAUGACCGUCAUCUGGAGAAUCAAACAACCUUACGACGGCACGGUGGUCUUCAAGUGCGUGAGUAACGCCAGCCACGAACCCUGUAAACCAACCAUCAACUACAUGAACAAGUUCAAGUUGCUGGGGGACCCCCGUCACAAUGACAUUUCCAUUAGCAUCGAGAACCUGACUUGGGCUGACAACAACAGGUACUAUUGUAGAGUUGAGUUGUCCAACGGUCGCCAUGACAAGUACGAAGCGAAAUCUGGAACAAGACUCCAAUUAUCAGCUCCCCCAAGGAUCCUCAAUAUCACAGUGGGGUUUGACCACUUCCGUGGCUACCACGCGGUGUGCGUGGCCGAGGGAGAGCCGGCUCCAUCUUUACACUGGACCGACCCGGUUAACAGCCACCAAGACGCGGCCGUUACUAAGGAGAUUCUAAGGCAUCACGUGGCAACAGAACUUCAUUAUCUCAACCACGACGGGAAAUACACGUGUUCGGCUACCAAUGCCCACGGCAAAGCCGAGGGCUCCGUGUAUUUCUUUAAAUUCCGCGCGGGAGGCGGUAGCCGCGUGGUGCUCGCAGUAGUCUGGACAGCCCUUGGAGUCAAGUUAUUGGUGGUGUUCGCGUUGCUGUGUGUAUUGGCCUUUUACAGCAAAGGUAGCAUGAAGUCAUUAGCCGUAUCGUCACCACGUGCCCAAGAGUCCACGUACGAAAACUACCGACAAAGAGAACAGUGAAGCCGGUGGAUCACGUAGAGAGCCGUAAAGGAUUCAAACCGUGAUAUGUGCACAUCAAAGCAUGCGGUGUAUGUGGAAUAAAAGAAAAAGGAGGUUG